UUAGCCAGCCAGACGGUCAGUCAGUUAGCCAGUCAGCCAGCCAGUCAGCCAGCCAGGCAGCCAGCCCGUGUCCAGCAGUGAUGGCAGCAGGAGUAGCAGGGUUGGUGGAGAGCGUUCUGUCUCUCUGCCCUGCGUCUGUGUUCCUGGGGUGUGUUCUCCUGCUGGCUGCCCUCCUCGUGCUGGGGGCAGCGUGGGACCCCCCCCCUGGCAGCACCCCCCCGGUGCCCUGCCUGCCAUGGGUGCCCCUGCUGGGAAGCCUGCCCUGGCUGGGAGGGGGACAGCCCCCACACUUGCUCUUCACCCGGCUAGCGCACAGGUACGGCCCUCUCUAUGCCAUGUACCUGGGGCCUCACUACACGCUGGUCGUCAACGACUACCAGCACGCCAGGGAGGUUCUGCUGCAGAGAGGGAAGGACUACGCUGGGAGACCCAAGAUGGUAACCACGGAGCUGCUGACCAGGGGGGGGAAGGACAUUGCGUUCGCUGACUACUCCUCCCUCUGGAGGAGCCAUCGCCGCCUGGUGCACCAGGCCUUCACUCUGUUUGGAGAGGGGAGCCACAAGCUGCAGGACAUAGUGCUGGAGGAGGUCGAGAGCCUGUGCUGCUCCCUCCAGGCCAGCGGGGGGCGGGCCGUGGACCCGGCGCCGGCGGUGACGCGAGCUGUGACCAACGUGGUCUGCACCCUCGUCUUCAGCUCCACCUAUCGCCAUGACGACCCCGAGCUCACCCAGGUGAUGGAGUACAAUGAUGGCAUUGUGGAAACCAUCGCUAGGGGAGGACUGGUGGACAUCUACCCCUGGCUCAGGAUCUUUCCCAGCAGAGCUCUGAGGAAACUGAAACAGUGUAUUUCUGUUAGAGACAGACUGCUGAACCGCAAGCUGGAGGAACACAAGGCCUCCAUGAGGACAGGGGAGCCUCGUGACCUGCUGGAUGCUCUGCUGCAGGGGUCAGGGGUCAGCCAGGGGUCAGGGGUCAGCCAGGGGUCAGGGGCGGAGGAGGGUGUGAUGUCAGACGAUCACGUCAUCAUGACUGCGGCGGAGACGUUUGGGGCGGGGGUGGAGACGACCUCCACCACGUUGCUGUGGUGCCUGGCCUUCCUGCUGCACCACCCCCAGGUGCAGGAGCGCGUGCAGAGCGAGCUGGAGGAGUGUGUGGGGGGGGGCAGGACAGUGUGUGUGUCCCACAGGGCCAGCCUGCCGUACCUGGACAGCGUGAUCAACGAGGUCAUGAGGAUACGACCGGUCAGCCCUGUCCUCAUCCCUCACACCACCCUCACACACACCAGUCUGGGGGGCUACUCCAUCAGGAAAGACACGCGUGUGCUGGUGAACAUGUGGGCUAUUCACCACGAUCCCCACCUCUGGGACCAGCCAGAGCACUUCAGACCAGAGCGUUUCCUUGACGACCAGGGCCAGUGCUCCGUGCCUUCUUGUUUCCUGCCAUUUGGGGCGGGGCCUCGCGUCUGCGUGGGCGAAUCCCUGGCCAGGAUGGAGCUCUUCCUCUUCCUGGCCAAUCUGCUGCAGCGGUUCAGCUUUAGCCCCGCCCCCGGGGUCUCUCUGCCAGACCUGCAGGGGAAGCUGGGGGUGGUGCUGCAGCCAAUCAGAUACACUCUCACAGUCAGCCCCCGAGUAGGGGGGGGCUGAGG